GUUCUGUUUUUUAUUGUGAUCUAUUUUUUUUUAAACAACGCUCUUCCAGCGUUUAUUUUUAUGUUAGUAGAGGAAGUGACGUCACUGAGAGCGUACCCCUACACCCCCUGUCAGUUUGAGCUAGCUGACAGGUGAAUGGUUCGGCGCUUUAAAUAUCAUCAAAAGUGCGCAUAUGUAUUUGGUUCCUAGCUUUGCUCCAACAAAGAAACAUGUAAUUUGAUUCUUGACAACCGCCGCUACGUCAAGUCAGUUGCUAGCUUGAAGCUAGCCAGCUUGCUAACGUUACGCAGCCGUCAGUUAGCGAAGUUGCGCGGCUAAAGCCGUCAUAGUGACGGUCUUAGUUAAAAAGCAGCCCCUCUCUGCCGGGAUACGUUAGAUAAGAAUAUUUUGUAGAAUGGACAAAGACGAGGCGGACCGGCUGAUAGAGAAGGCGAAGUUGUUGUUACGGUCAGGGCGGAAGGACCGAGCGCUGCAGCUGCUGUACGAAGCCCAGAAUAUCUACCCCAGCACCCGGGCCAGAGUGCUGAUUGAUGCCAUAGUUAAAAAUGGAAGCAACGCGGCUCCGGAAGUGAACCACAUGCCCCCACCAAAAGGCUGGAGAGAAGAGGACUGUGGCAAUGCUGAAAAAAGUCAUGUGAGCGGCGAUGACAAGAAAAGCUACACAGAAGAUCAGCGGCAGGGUGUUCUAAGGAUUAAGAAUUGCAAGGACUUCUACGAGAUACUUGGCGUCCCCAAGAAUUCCAGCGAUGAGGAUCUGAAGAAGGCGUACAGAAAGUUGGCCCUCAAGUUUCACCCUGACAAGAACUUCGCACCAGGAGCCACAGAUGCUUUUAAAGCAAUCGGCAACGCUUACGCAGUGCUAAGCAAUCCAGAGAAGAGGCAGCAGUACGAUCAGUAUGGAGAUCAAUCGGCAGCUGAGAGCACAUCGCAACACACCACCCACCAUCGCCACGGACACUACCGAAACUUCCACAGAGACUUCGAGGCUGACAUUUCUCCCGAGGAGCUCUUCAACAUUUUCUUUGGAGGACGAUUCCCCACAGGAAACAUUCACGUGUACACCAACCAGGGAGCCUCCUACUCUCAGUUCUACCAGCCUCGUCGACGACGCGCUUAUGAGAGACGCGAGGAGGUGGUAGAGGACAACCCGAGUCAAAACUCCUUUACAGCUCUGCUGCAGCUCCUCCCUGUCCUGGUGCUGAUUCUCAUCUCAGUGUUCACUCAGAUGAUGGCCACCAACCCGCCUUACAGCCUCUUCUACAAGCCGUCCAUGGGGCUGGUGGUCUCCCGGGAAACUCAGCACAUGGGCGUCCCGUACUACGUGGAUAAAAGUUUUGAAAAAGAGUACCGUGGCGACGCACUAGAUGAGCUGGAGAAAACGAUAGAGAGCGACUAUAUUGAACACUUGCAGAGUAGCUGCUGGAAGGAGAAACAACAGAAGUCGGACCUGGCCAACCUGGGGCAGCUGUACCGAGAUGAGCGUCUCAAGCAGAAGGCGGAGUCGAUGAGGCUGGACAACUGUGACAAGCUGCAUAGACUGGUGGGACGUCUGAGAGGCGGCAAGUGAAGUGGACACUUCUUAUAAUUCUUUUUGAGGUCAUUUCUCUACUCAAGACACCCUGAAAGGAAUCCGGUGCAGCAGAGUUGGGAACAAUGUGCCUUCUCUCCUACGGGAUGGGAGGAAAUCAAAGUUGCAUGUCAGCUGCUUUGGGGGCCACAGCACUGUCAGUGUUGCACUAAGGCUCUGCCCCUUUCUUGUUUUUUUAUAUAGAAUUGGUCUCUGUAAGAGGUCAUGGUAUGAAGCUAUGUUUUCGUCCACACUCGGGAUGUGACGAGAGAUCUUGUGUCACAAGAUUAAAAUGUGGCGAUAUUUCUUGUUCAGAGAAAAGCUGUGUUGUGGUCAGAACGAUUCACUUUUUCUUUUUUUCUUUUUUUAAGAGUAUCUGUUUGUCAAGAAGUAUUAGAACUUCACAUUAAGUGCUUGGAUACUGCAAACCGAGAACUAGCAACCAGAGCUAGCUUCGGUAUGUCGGAGACUUGUAAUCUUAUUUAUUUUAACUUUUAUUUGUGGAAACCGGUUUAACAGUUUAAAGCUCAUACGCAGGUCAUGCAUGCAAAGUUGCAAAGGACUUUAAAAUGCACCUGCAUUAUUUUGUGAUUUUUCUUAAAAGUAGGGGUGCUUAAGGAAUUCUGGGGCCCCCUACACACCCAGCCUCCCAACUCUACCACUUCAGUAUAUGCGGCACCCCUGUGUAAAAUAUUACUAAAAUCUUGCCUCCUCCUUGUGAGUCUAAUAUGUAUCAUCACACCCCUAGUCCAUUAGAGUUCUUGCCAAAAAAAAAGUAUUUAUCUCAACUUUGAUAACGGUUCUUUGAAGAAAUCAAUAAGCUUCUCUACUGUAAAGCGAUGGAGUGCACUUUUAUUUAUUAUGCCUCAGAGAAUAGAAAGAACUAUGUUCAUUACUCUGCUUUGUCACAUGCAUACGGUCCUUCACAAUUGAGAGUUUCCAUUGCUUCUUACAUAGUAGAUGUGUAAAAGCCACAUGACUUUCGCUGUCUACUCUGGCUGAAGUGAUGAGCAAGGAUUGUACUUUUAUAAACCACAAAACUUUCAACUGUCCAGUCAAGAGACCACAUAUUUGUUGCAGCGCACUAAGACAGCCACCUUUGGUUGUUCUCAAGCACUUUUAUUUCAUAAUAAAAGGUUCUAUUUUA